CAUGUACAAGAUUAUUUAAUAUUAGUUCUAAAUGUGUGUUGAAUCGUGUUGUAUUUUCUAGUAUUAAAAAUAAUUUACAAAAAAGUUUGUGCCAAACAACCGGCUUUAGGAAAAUGGCAAACGUCCAACAGAGUCAUGUGAAACCGGUUAUUUAUUGUGAAAAAACAGGAUUAUUAGGGGAUGAUCCUUCUCAGAAAAAAAUGAAGAUUGAUUACAGGCUUCCAGAAGGAGUAAAACCUGUUCAUUACGACCUGCUCCUGACUCCUGAUUUAAAAACUGGUAAAUUUUCUGGACAUGUCGGAAUUGAUGUCCAGGUCAAGGCCAAAAGGAACGAUUUGGUCCUUCAUGGAAAAGACUUAAGGAUUUCCUCAUUUCGAGUUUUAGAUUCCAAAGGCGACGAGUUGCCAUUGGCGUCCAAAAACAUGGAAAUGGAUUCAGUAAGGGACUUCUACAUAAUUCGGGCCAAAAAUGGAUUUUCUUCAGGAAAUUAUAAGGUGGAAAUCGACUACGAAGGUUCUUUGACUGAUAGAAUCACUGGAUUUUACCAGAGCACUUAUACUGACGAGCACGGAGACAAAAGGUGCAAAUAUCUCAGAAUGUCAGUCCCAGAAGUUAAAAUCGAACCCCAAGAAUUUUCAAUUAAAGACAUUGAAUUUGAAAUAAAAGAAGAAAUUGAAUGUGAACUAUGUAAUGAAUCAUUUACUGGGCAGCAUGAUUUAGAACAGCAUAUGCUCGAACAUUAUCAUAGUUGUACCUUUUGUUCCGAUACUUUUCCAGAUUCAAGCGCCUUAGAAAUACAUCUGAAAAUACAUGCAGAUGUCAAGCCUUUUGUGUGCACAAUUUGCAAUGAAGCAUUUGCUGUAAAAUUGGAUUUUGAUCAACACGUUUGUAAUGGAGAAAAAACUUUAACGUUGAGUGAAUCUGAAAGUCUGCUAUGCAAAAUAUGUGGUCGGACAUACAAAUUUAUGAGUGAAAUGAAAAAACACAUGCUAACACACUCUGAGGAACGUCCCCACAAAUGCGAAUUAUGCAACAAGGCAUUCAAAGAAGUGAGAAUUUUGAAAACCCACAAACUCAUUCACAGUGGCGUGCGUCCUCAUAAAUGCGAUUUAUGCGAUGAGACAUUCACAUUACCGCAUAACCUGAACCGACAUAUGCUUGUUCACACCGGUGAACGACCUCAUGCUUGUGCAGUAUGCGAUAAGAAAUUCACACAAGCGGGUAGUUUGAAAACCCAUAUGCUCAUUCAUAGUGGCAAACGGCCCCACAAGUGUACAGUAUGCGAAAAGACAUUUAACCAUGUGGGUACUUUGAAUAAACACAAGCUUCUUCACAGUCGUGAACGACUGCAUAAGUGUGAAGUUUGCAGUAAGAAAUUCACACUAACAAGCGACUUGAAUAGACAUAUGCUCAUUCACGGUAAGGUACAUGAAUGUGAAACAUGCAACAAGACAUUCACACAAAAGCGACUAUUGAAUCAACAUAAGCUCGUUCAUGCUGAGGAAAUAAUGCAUAAAUGCAUAAUGUGCGAUAAGGCAUUCACACUAAAGAGUCAAUUGAAACAACAUAUGCUCAUUCACAGCGGGGCCGGAUCCCAUAAGUGUACAUAG